AUGCCAUUCAGCACGCAGUUCCCGGCCCCACAUCAUGUUGGAAUAAAGGCUUUCGGAGAUUUUGCUGACGAUAUGAUGGGAUACGGGUACGACGAACUGCUACCAGGCACGGUUGUGGAUUUUGAAAACUCGGAACGAGAUAUUAGGCCCUAUACGUACAAGGAAAGCGAGUCGAAAUGGAUACCGCAUAAGCGCCAGUCGAAGAAAGUCGCGGACGAAAUUAUCGACGAUGGGGCAGUAACAGGAGACGACGACGACCUAUUCAUUGCUGAUGAGUGA